AGAGCAAGACCAGUCUUCGUGAAGAAGAAGACAGGGGAGUGGAAAGUCUGCAUAGACUACAGAGAAGUCAACAAAUGCUUGGCCCUAGACGCGUACUCAAUCCCUAACUUAUGGGAACAGGUACAGCAGGCCGCAGGACAUAAGUACUACACAUGCCUGGACA